AUGUCUGGUCUUCCCAGCGAAGGUGGGAAGAGCAUUGGGCGGUCUACAGCGAAGGAGAUCGAGAAAGGAGAGAGGAAGGGAUGGGUGAGACCGGACAUAGUACUGGCAACGGGUCAUGAGAAGAGAGGUGCGGGUGCUGUAGACCCAGCAGCCCCCGUGGGAGGACUUAGGAUGAAGAUCGACCUUGAGUCGAUACGCAAGCGGGAGUCUGCCUCGAGAAAGCCAAACCCGGAAGGUGUCCUUGAGCGCCAGACCCUCCUCUACCUCCGCCUUCAAGGAAGACCGAGCGUCCCGGUGACCGCGACAAUCUGGACGAGAACGGGAAACCUCUUUUCGUUGCAGAUAGGGUAG